AGGGUUUGAAAAAGUUUAUGAGUUUGGUAGAAUAUUCAGAAAUGAAGGGAUUUCAAAUCGUCACAAUCCAGAAUUUAAAGCAAUGAAAUGGAGCAUAAGAUUAAGGCCUGGAAGAUUUUUCACAGUUCCUUCACAGAAACAUGAGGAAGAACAACAAUCUGGUGGAUCAUGCAAGGAAAGUUCAUCCCAGCUUGUUUCAUUCUCUUUAUCUCAUGCCAACAUUCCUCUACCACCUACCUUAGAGUUGAAGGAUUCUUCAGAAAUGGAUAUGUCUGAUGUUCAAAAGAAUCUCAAAUGUUUGUAUGAGUACAAUGUCAUGCUGAGGGAGAAAUUUUUAUCUGUGCAAUCUAUGCUUCUUGAGUUAGCAACAAAGUUCUUGCCUUCUGCAAAUGAUGACAUUCCUAACACCUCAAAGUUUUUCAAGCAAGUGUGAGUAUGCAUCAGUAUGUUUUUCCAGAAGUCCUUUUUUUGUAAUUUACUAUCAUUCUAGUCAUAGAAAUUUAGUAUAGUUUAGUUACAAGUAAUUUAGUUGCUGCUGUUGACAAUUUGUGGUAUCUAAAAGAUGGAAUACAUACUGUAGUCUUGAAAAAACUUUCAGAAAAUGGUAAGAGCUAUGUGGGUUUUACAGUUUUAUUUUUGUAUGAUACUUCAAGCACUGAUAUGUAGACUUAUCUCAGUUUUUGGUGGAUCCUACUCCAUUUUCUAGGAUCUUGCAGGCAAAGGACACCAAGUGAAUUCGAUAGAGAGGUUAAGAACUUGAGGGUGGCAUUUACUGACCUGUUUUUGAAGCAUAACACUUUCAAAGAAACUGCAAAGCCAUCGAGAUAUUGAUGCAAACAAUGGAAGAAUGUAUUUCACUAAUUUUUUUAUACAUUUCUUGUUUUGUAUUUAGUGAUAAAGGAAUCUGAAUUGGGCAUAAAUUAUGUUGUAAUAUGAUUUUUUAAGCCUAGACUAGUAGACUAAAUAUUGUAAUUACAUUUGAGUAAUUAAUAAAAAUCUAUUUAUGUUA